CCAUGAUUCAAUGGGCACCUUUGCACCUUGUCUUGGUGUGAACAUGAUCCAACCUUCAUCCUUCUUGGCACUCGUUCAUCCUCUUACGACAAACUCUGUCACGCUCUUUUCACUGUAAAGCAGACUCAUCCUCAAUUUCCAGCCUUACCCCGCAAAUCCAUCUCGGGCUACACGCAAGUUCUCUCAGGGAUCCCCGCAUCCCCCGAGUCGGCACAUCAUCCAACUGACAUACACCCCAUCUUGCUUCUCAGGCUGCGCAUCACUUUUUUCUAUCUCACGCUCUCUCCCCUCUUCAUUUCUUUUAAUCAUCUUCUCUGUCAUCUUGUCUUCUCUCGCGAAUUUAUCACGACUUUCCGGCUGCGCCUGAUAUCGACGUUCACAACAUUGUAGCCCAACUUUCAUAUCGCGACUGGCUCGCGUAGUCUUCAAUCAGUCUCCUACAAACGUAUCGCCUCUUGCACUUGGCCCUUGAUAGUCUGCUGGUCGGACUUUCAUCCCAUUCAUCCCCGUGCCAAGUGACCCCCUGCUUGUCAUUUGCUCGUCUGCUCAUCUGCUCUGACCGUCAAACAGCAAAUUCACAACCCAAGGCAUCUCCUUUCGACUGCGUCCAGAUCGUUCCCACUCCCACCAUCUUUCACUUCUCCAAACCUUGGAGAGGUAUCCGCAAUCCCCCAAAAGUCGGUCGCCUGACAAGUUUGUCAGUCUCCCCAUGUUCUCCCAUCUUCUCUUACUGUCCCUCGGACUGGGAGCCUUGGCCAGUCCGCUGGCCGAGCCCGAAGCAUUCGCCAUUCCCCCUCCUCAUUCUUCACCCAUACCGGCCGAACCACGCGUUUUGGGCGGGCGAGGGACAUCACUUCCUCUCUUCCAUUCGAAAUCUUCCAUCAGACGAGCACGUUCAGCAGCCAAUGCAAAGCGUGAUAAUUCCCGGCAUACUCUCAUAUACCAUGGACGAAAUAGGAAAAAGAGCCUGGAAGAGAGAGAUACUCAACCGACUUGGUUAUUGGAAGCGGCCGCUUUCAUAGAUAGACGAUAUAAUGGAGGCGCUGGAAAUUUUCAAGCCCUGAUAGCUGCCGAGUUGGGAAAAAGAGCUGGUGAGGCCGACCUUACCGACCAUAACCUUGACGCUUCAUAUUCCGCCAACAUUGCAAUUGGUACACCCAGUCAAGAGUUCCCUAUCGUACUAGAUACUGGAUCGUCGGAUCUGUGGGUGGCCACCAGUGGUUGUACAGGAUGUACCAAUAUGGCGACGUAUGCCAGCAAGUCGUCGUCUUCGUACGUGAGCUUGAACUCGUCUUUCAACAUCGAAUACGGCUCUGGCACGGCGUCCGGAAUUCUGGUGCAGGAUCUCGUCACUCUUGCCGGAUAUUCUGUAGCCUCGCAAACCCUGGCCACUGUCACUACCCUGUCACAAGGGUUACUGAGCUCCUCUCUGAGUGGAAUCAUGGGACUGAGCUGGCAGAGCUUAGCCUAUUCUAAAGCCGUACCACUGUGGAUCACUCUCGCCAAAUCAACAUCUUGGGAUCAACCGUUAUUCGCCUUCUACCUGAAGCGAUAUCGAGAUGUCGCCGGUGCCACCAGUGUCGAAUCCGAUGGUGGUAUGGCAAACUUUGGAUAUCUCGACGCUACCAUUUAUACGGGUGAUGUGACGUACGUCACUGUUCCUUCCGAUGCUCAGUACUGGCAAAUUCCCAUCGACAGUAUGUCUAUGCAGGGUACCGCCAUCUCGCUGGGAACAUCUACCGCAGCCGCCAUCGAUACCGGUACCACCCUCAUCGGUGGUCCUUCAGCCAUCAUCGCCAAGAUCUACGCUGCCAUCCCUGGGUCAAAACCCAUGACAGGAUCAUAUGUCAACUACUACGAGUAUCCAUGUACCACCUCCAUCUCUUUCAGUCUCACCUUUGGAGGGUUCGAGAUCCAAGUCUCUGAUGCGGAUUUCAACCUCGGUCGAUAUUCGAGUGAUACGACCUAUUGUACUGGUGCAGCUUUCGUUCAAGAUCUUCCCUCCAACUCUCCUGUCCAAUGGAUCGUUGGUGAUACUGUCCUGAAGAACGUAUAUUCCGUCUAUCGAUAUUCUCCACCUGCAGUAGGCUUUGCAGCUCUUGCGGGAGAUUCCACACAACUGGCAGCCAAUGCAAGUACGACCAUCCCACAGGGUAGUGGUUUACCCACAGGUGGAGCAAGUACCGAUUCGAGUACGUCAACGAGUAGUAAUCCGGUAUCAAGUGGCAGUAGCGGAGUUGGUCCUAGUGGAAGUGGUGAGAGUCCACAUGUGGUUUAUGCCACAGCUACGGUCACUGCGGCCGACGCGACUUCGGCAGAAUUAGCAGAUGCCACAUCUACCGCAGGUGCGACAUCAGGUGCGAGGCGGAAUAGUGUUUGUGAGUCGAUAGUAAUGGGAGCGGGGUUGGGUUUGUUGGGUAUCUUUGCCUUUAUCUAAAGUGGAUCUUGAAGGUUUGGAGGGACGAACAUGGACGAUAUUUAGAAUGAAAACAUGCUUUAAUUACCUUUACAUGAUUCAUGCAUUCUACCAUCCGCAUUGAG